GUGGCCCCGUCCGUACUGGAUUUGGGGCUCAACGCGCCCGCCCAGAAGAUCAAGUGCGUGUUUUUGGGCGAUGGAGCCGUAGGCAAGACCUCGCUCAUCGUGUCCUACACCAUCAACGGCUAUCCCAACGAGUACGUGCCCACGGCCAUCGACACCUAUGAUGCCACCGUCACAGUGGACGACCGGCCCGUCAAACUCGAGAUUUGCGACACGCCCGGUCAGGACGACUUCAAUUCACUCCGACCCUUGGCCUACCCGCACACCGAUGUGUUUCUGUUAUGCUUUUCGGUGGUCGAACCCAGCUCCUUCCUCAACAUUCGCGAAAAGUGGGUGCCCGAGCUCAAGCGGACCCAUCCCAAAGGCCGCAUGCCGCCCGUCAUUCUCAUUGGGACGCAAAGUGACCUGCGCGGCGACGCCCAAGCCACCGCCCAGCUGGCCCGUCAGGCCGAGGUCCCAGUCACCGAGGCCGAGGCGCGCAAGCUCGCGGCCCAGGUGGGCUGUGUGUGCUACAUCGAAAGCUCAGCCCUGACCCAGAGCAAUCUAAAGGAAGUCUUUGAUGAGGCGAUCCUGGUCGGGCUACAGACACAGCGGCAACGCGAGGAGCGCGAACGACGCAAACAGCGGCGCAAAAAGCGCACUCAUUGUCGGGGCUGGUUGUGCGCCCUCAUGUGAUACCCCCUGCCUUUGAGCCGCCCCAUUGGUACCAAAGAACCCUUGGACCGCUGUAGCCUGAGGCCCAUCCACUAUCCACCAAAUAUAAAGGCCGGUCGCCUGACGUGGCACCGCUUAUCGCCUUAUCUCUAUUUUUGAUACAGAAUAGUAGUGCUCUAUUUUUCAACGAAUUGAAAGGGCGUUGCAUUACAACGUCGAUUAUUAUUAUUAUUAUUAUUACUAUUAAUAUGAUGGGCCCUUGGUUGCCCCGUGCAAUAUGUCCAUGUACCAUUCAAUAAAUAGCCUGAGCCAUUGGUCUCCCAUGGCCAGUGAGCGCGA